GAUAUUGAGCCUAAUGUAUGAAGUUUGGGCCUACUUAAACGAAUGGUUAAUGUAUUAAUCAUUUAGAUAUUUUGUUAUCCAAUUACUUGACCCAUUUUUCACCUUUCACAUUCGAGUCCGGCAACAAGUUUCUAAGUUGACGAAACAAACGUCCUACACCACCAACACAAGGAAAUCGAAUUCGGACCCUACGUUAGACGAAGGUUUGCUAGUAAGGCUUAACGUUCACACUCAUGGAGACUGUGUGUCGCUUGCGACCGGUCUUGGCGUCCGUGGAAGGAGGCCCCUUCCCGGCGCGUGACAGGCAGAUAUGGAUCAUAUGAAGGAAAAUGGGCCGGCCGACCAAUCUUAUGAAAAUGAAAGAAAAUGUUGAGCUAGUGAUGGAAUAGAGUGGAGUUGAGCGGAUGUACCUUUUUGUCAUGAACAACUUCAACAGACAUGUAUCCGCGAUCCUCGACAAAUGCAGCAACCUCAAUCACCUCAAACAACUCCACGCCCAUAUCAUUACUCUCGGGCACGGCCCCAUCCACUUCUACGCCUUAAAGCUCAUACGCUUCUGCGCCAACCGGGACCUUGCUUACGCACGCCACAUUUUCGACAAAUUCCCCACGCCCAAUAUCUACCUUUACACGACGAUUGUUGCCGCCUCUGCUCGGGCGUCCGACCACACAGCAGCUGUGCUAAUUUACCGCGACAUGGUCCGCCAAAAUCGAUCAAGGCCGAAUGAAUACAUGUUUUCAAUUAUCCUCAAAUCGUGGCCGGAGGUGGCGAGGGGUUACGGCGUGGAAAUGGUGCAGGCACAAAUCAUUAAAUUAGGUUUUUAUGGGUACCCGAUUGUGCAGACGGCGGUGCUCGAUGCUUACGCGAGGUGUGGAGUUGAAAUCGGCGUUGCGCGGAAGGUGUUCGAUGAAAUGUUAGAGAGAAGUGUGGUUUCCUGGACUGCGAUGAUUUCGGGGUACACGAGGGUCGGGCGGGUUUGGGAUGCGAUUGUGCUGUUUGAAGAGAUGCCGGAGGGGAUUAGGGAUGCACCGUUUUGGAACUCUAUCAUUGCAGGGUGUGUGCAGAAUGGUUUAUUUUCGGAGGCUAUUGAGUUCUUCAAGAGGAUGGUUGUCGAGGGCGGAGUGAAUAGGCCGAAUCAAGGAACCGUGGUGUGCGUUUUGUCGGCGCUGGGGCAUAGUGGAAUGCUGCAGUUUGGGAGGUGCAUCCAUGGAUACAUAUAUAGGAAUGGACUGAGUUUGGAUUCGUUUGCUGUGAGUGGCUUGAUUGACAUGUAUGGUAAAUGUGGGAGUUUUGAAAGAUCAAGAAUUGUUUUUGAUAAAUCUGAUCAAAUAAAUUUGACAUCUUGGAAUGCUCUGAUCAACUGCUAUGCAUUACAUGGUAGUUGCCAUGAAGCAGUUGCUGUGUUCCAAGAAAUGCUGAGGCGCAGCCGGGAAGGGCUAAAGCCGGACGCGAUAACAUUUGUUGGCUUGUUGAACGCGUGCACUCACGGGGGUUUGGUUGAGGAAGGGCGUCGUUUCUUUGAAAUGAUGGUUAGGGAUUUUGGGAUUGAGCCACGGAUUGAGCACUACGGGUGCUUGGUAGACCUUCUUGGGAGGUCGGGGAAGUUAGAGGAGGCCAUGGAUGUCGUGAGUAGGAUGAGAGAGCCAUCACCGGAUGAGGUUAUUUGGGGCUCGUUGCUCAACGCGUGCAGGGUUCAUUGGCGCGCAGACUUGGCUGAGUUUGCAGUGAGGAAGCUGGCUGAGAUGAGUCCUGGCAAUGGAGGGUAUGGUGCAAUGCUGGCUAAUCUAUACGGUGAGAUGGAGAAAUGGGACGAGGCGUGGAGGGUUAGGGCGGCCUUGGCCGGAGAGAGUGCUUAUAAGGCGGCCGGUUGCAGUUGGAUUGAGAUUGACAACCAAGUUCACAGCUUUUACUCUGUGGAUAGGUCACAUCCUAGAACGGAGGAGAUCUAUGCGGUUUUGAGAUGUUUAGGCGAUGCUUCGAGAAUGCAGCACGCGUCGUGGCGUCCACAGCAACUGCAGUAGUCAGUGUGCUAUGCUAUCAAUUUAUGUAUAGAGCUACAAAUUUGGGGAAGGUUUCAUUGGGAGCAGUAGCAGAUAGUUUUUGUGGGAAAAGAAAAGUUUUUCUUUGGUAUUCUUCAAGUGUUGGUGGUGUGACUGAGUAAAGUUUAGGAUGGUGAAAUGAAUCCACAGAGAGAGUCUUAUUUUGUAUAGUCCUUUGUAUAUUUUAACUUCAUAUAAUAAAUAAUUUUUCCUGGGCGAGCCC